AUGGGCAUGUCCUUGGCGGAUCUGAGAAGAGUCGCGUGCGACGGUCAGGUGCCGCUUGAGCUGCUCAAGCCCAUGCUGCCGUUCCUCCUCGCGGCUCUCGACUUCCUCAGGAGCAUACCAAGGCUAACAUGGUCCACACUGGAAGGAAAUAUCAUAUUCUCUAUAGAGGACGAGUCGGAGCUCAAGGCUAUCGAAGAAGAUGAAAUAAGCGAGCCCUCUGCUCGAAAAGUCCACGGGGGCGAAGCUACCUUUUUGACCCGCCAGGUCUAUACAGAGAUCGGCACCCCGAAGCUGAUUGACUUGGGGGAGGCUCGCUUCGGGCAGGAUACCUAUGCCGAACAGGUCAUGCCGGAUCUUUACCGGGCUCCUGAGGUACUUCUGGGGUUGCCGUGGGAUGAAAAGAUUGGCAUCUGGGCUUUGGGGUUGACGAGCCUCCUCGAAAGGAGCGAGAAGACCAAUCAGUUCUUUGGCAAGCAUGAAGAGGAGGAGAAGCUUCUCGAUGGAGAAGAGAAGACGGAAUUCCUGCGAUUAAUUCGGCGUAUGCUGCAGUGGGACCCAGCCAGCCGGCCCUCUGCCACGGAGCUCCUCGACCUCAGCGUCGCUUUCUCACCUGACUGGACCGACCACCAUGGCACAAACGGCGACAUCAUAAUGCUGCAGCAAGAUCUCCUCGACACUCUGUUUCUGAAUCGAAAGGCACUGGCGGACGUUGGAGGGGGCGAGGCUGGCGCAGGAAACGUCCACACCAACACGGAAACACACCACCAGACUCGCGCCACCGAGGGAGGCAACAACAGGACGGUGACAGCUCUCGCGAUGAACAAGGACAUGGGCGGGCCAGGCGGGCCCGGCGAGGAGAAGUGCCCCGUCGACCACCGCAGCAGGGAGGCAUGGAUGGCGCAGGCAAGAGCUGCACAGGAGGCACAGGAGACACAGGCGCAGGCACAACCAACGACACCCCAAGCCUCGAAACCCACGAGCUCUGCAUGGCAAUGGCCACGGAUCCCAUUCCUCUCCCCCAGCACAUCUCCCUCUACGACACCGACAAGAACGGACCAAUCAUCACCACAACAACCACAAAAACAAGAACAUCUGCGCCAACAGCUCCCGCAACAUCGGGCAGACGGCAGCCUCGGCACAGACCGCGUCAUCUCGACCAUCCCGCGCUCCCAGUCGGCCGGCGCGACGAGCAGCGCCUGCCCCGUCAACCACGAGACCGAGACGGGCGCCGACGCCAAGACGGGCAACUGGGUCUACCCGAGCGAGAAGAUGUUCUUCGACGCCAUGAAGCGCAAGGGCCACGACACCCGCGCCGGCGACAUGAAGACGGUCGUGCCCAUCCACAACGCCGUCAACGAGAGGGCCUGGAAGGAGAUCCGCGAGUGGGAGAGGCCGUACGCCACCGAGACUUGCCCCCAGGGCCCCAUGCUCUACUCCUUCACCGGCCUCAGCACCACAAUGUCCCCCAAGGCCCGCCUCAACACCCUCCUCGGCUACACCGCCCCCUUCGACAGGCACGACUGGGUCGUCGACCGCUGCGGCACGAGGGUCGAGUACGUCAUCGACUUCUACGCCGGCCGCGCAGAUGGCGCAAGGGCCGCCGGGGGGAAGCCCAGCUUCUACCUGGACGUCAGGCCAAAACUAAACACGUGGGAGGGCGUCAAGAUGAGGGCCAGCAGGGCCGUGGGGCUGUCGUGA